UCCUUCCUCGUUAUUGGAUUACCGUGCAUUCGCAACGGAAAAAUCCAACUAACUCUAUAUGAUGGCCGAUCACUUAGACGAACCGCCCCAGAAGCGGGUUAAAAUGGAUCCAACGGACAUGUCUUAUUUUCUGGAGGAGAAUUUGCCCGAUGAGCUGGUGUCCUCGAACAGCGGCUGGUCGGAUCAGCUGACCGGCGGAGCAGGCGGUGGCAAUGGAGGCGGCGGCUCCUCCGGCGUAACCACAAACUCCACAUCAGGACCAAAUCCCGGCGGAGGACCCAAUAAACCGGCAGCCCAAGGACCAGGACCCGGCUCAGGACCUGGCGGCGUUGGCGUUGGAGUCAAUGUGGGCGUCGGUGGCGUUGUCGGCGUCGGCGUUGUGCCUUCCCAGAUGAACGGAGCCGGCGGCGGCAACGGAUCCGGAACAGGCGGCGACGACGGCAGUGGCAAUAAUUCCGGUGCGGGCAACAGGAUCAGUCAAAUGCAGCACCAGCAGCUGCAGCACCUACUCCAGCAGCAACAGCAGGGCCAGAAGGGCACCAUGGUGGUGCCUGGAAUGCAGCAGCUGGGCAGCAAGUCUCCAAACCUGCAGUCGCCCAACCAGGGCGGCAUGCAGCAGGUCGUGGGCACUCAGAUGGGUAUGGUCAACUCAAUGCCCAUGUCAAUAUCGAAUAAUGGCAACAAUGGCAUGAACGCCAUACCAGGCAUGAACACCAUUGCUCAGGGCAAUCUGGGAAACAUGGUGCUAACCAACAGCGUUGGCGGUGGCAUGGGCGGCAUGGUCAAUCAUCUAAAGCAGCAGCCAGGCGGCGGCGGCGGUGGCAUGAUCAAUGCCGUUUCUGUACCAGGAGGACCGGGAGCUGGUCCCGGAGGUGUUGGAGCUGGCGGCGGUGGAGCCGUUACCACGAAUCAAGGCAUGCACAUGCAGAAUGGUCCGAUGAUGGGACGCAUGGUGGGGCAACAGCAUAUGAUUCGUGGUCCGCAUCUCAUGGGCGCCGCAGGUGGAGCUGGUGGACCAGGUAAUGGACCUGGUGGCGGAGGACCACGCAUGCAGAAUCCCAACAUGCAAAUGGGCCAACUCAACAGUCUGCCUUACGGUGUAGGUCAGUAUGGUGGCCCAGGCGGUGGCAACAAUCCCCAGCAACAACAGCAGCAACAGCAACAACUGCUUGCCCAGCAAAUGGCCCAAAGAGGCGGCGUCGUACCGGGAAUGCCACAGGGCAAUCGACCCGUCGGCACAGUAGUACCCAUGUCCACACUCGGAGGCGAUGGAAAUGUUCCCACUGGUCAGUUGGUCAGCGGGAAUCCCCAGCAGCAACAGAUGCUGGCGCAACAGCAAACCGGAGCUAUGGGACCGCGACCUCCGCAACCGAAUCAGCUACUCGGCCACCCUGGGCAGCAGCAGCAGCAGCAACCGGGAACCUCUCAGCAGCAGCAACAGCAGCAGGGAGUCGUUCUUGGAGGAGCAGGCGUUGUGGGCAAUGUAGGUACUGGUGCUGUUGUGCCGGCAGUUGCAGGCGGUGGAGCCGGUGGCACCGUACAAGCGAGCGGCCCCGGUGGCGCCAAUCGCGAUGUGCCCGACGACCGCAAACGACAGAUCCAGCAGCAACUUAUGCUGCUGCUCCAUGCACACAAAUGCAACCGCAGGGAGAACCUAAACCCAAACAGAGAAGUGUGCAACGUUAACUACUGCAAGGCGAUGAAAACUGUGCUGGCCCACAUGGGCACUUGCAAGCAGAGCAAGGACUGCACCAUGCAGCAUUGUGCCUCCUCACGCCAGAUCCUGUUGCAUUAUAAGACUUGCACCAACAGUGGCUGCAUCAUUUGCUAUCCCUUUCGGCAGAAUCAUUCGGUUUUUCAAAAUGCGAGUGUACCACCUGGUGGCGGACCGGCAGGAAUUGCAGGUGCACCGCCCGGUGCUGGAGGAGCGGCUGGUGGAGCAGCCGGCUCAGGCGGUAACCUUCAGCAACAGCAGCAGCAGCAGCAACAACAGCAGCAGCAAAACCAGCAGCCCAAUCUGACGGGUCUGGUGGUUGAUGGCAAGCAAGGACAGCAGGUGCCCCCAGGAGGUGGCCAGAACACUGCCAUAGUUCUUCCCCAACAACAGGGAGCCGGCGGAGCACCGGGUGCGCCCAAAACGACAGCGGACAUGGUCCAACAGUUGACCCAACAGCAGCAGCAGCAACAGCAAGUUCAUCAGCAGCAAGUCCAGCAGGAACUCCGUCGCUUCGAUGGCAUGGGCCAAGUCGGUCUGUCGCCCGGACCAAACGGUGGAAUGCAGCAGCAGCAGCAGGGUUUGCCUCCAGUGAUUCGCAUGCAAGGCGCUCAGCCGGCCGUAAGGGUUUUAGGACCUGGUGGACCUGGCGGCCCGAGUGGACCCAAUGUUUUGGCGAACGAUGUGAAUAGCCUGCAUCAACAACAGCAACAGAUGCUCCAACAGCAGCAGCAGCAAGGCCCGAACCGUCGACGAGCUGGCCUGGCCACAAUGGUGGAGCAACAGCAGCAGCAGCAACAGCAACAGCAGCAACCCAAUCCCGCCCAGCUGGGUGGCAACAUUCCAGCACCACUCUCUGUCAACGUCGGUGGCUUUAGCAAUACCAAUUUCGGUGGUGCCACAGCCGGCGGAGCCGUUGGAGCCAAUGACAAGCAGCAGUUAAAGGUAGCCCAAGUGCAUCCGCAAAGCCAUGUGGUAGGAGCGGGCGGAGCGGCUGCGGGCGCUGGAGCGAGUGGUGGCCAAGUGCCCGCCGGUUCCAGUGUACUGAUGCCAGCCGAUACCACAGGCAGUGGCAACGCGGGGAAUCCCAACCAGAAUGCAGGAGCAGGAGGAGGAGGCGCCGGCGGUAAUGGCGGAAACUCGGGAGCUCCAGGAGAUAACGAGAAGGACUGGCGAGAAUCGGUGACUGCCGAUCUCCGCAACCAUCUCGUUCACAAACUGGUGCAGGCCAUCUUCCCCACCUCGGAUCCUACGACCAUGCAGGACAAGCGGAUGCACAAUCUGGUGUCCUAUGCGGAAAAGGUCGAGAAGGACAUGUACGAGAUGGCCAAGUGUAGAUCCGAGUACUAUCACCUGCUAGCCGAAAAGAUUUACAAGAUCCAGAAGGAGCUGGAAGAGAAGCGACUGAAGCGUAAGGAACAGCACCAGCAAAUGUUGAUGCAGCAGCAGGGCGUUGCGAAUCCGGUGGCUGGAGGAGCGGCUGGUGGUGCGGGCAGUGCAGCUGGCGGAGCCGGAGGUGUAGUUCUCCCCCAGCAGCAGCAGCAGCAACAACAGCAGCAGCAACAGCAGGGACAACAACCCCUUCAAGGCUGCAUCCAUCCCAGCAUCAGUCCAAUGGGCGGUGUCAUGCCUCCGCAGCAGUUGCGUCCACAGGGUCCACCUGGAAUACUGGGUCAGCAGACGGCUGCAGCUCUCGGUGUCGGUGUGGGAGUCACUAACAACAUGGUGACUAUGCGCAGUCAUUCACCCGGCGGCAACAUGCUCGCAUUACAGCAGCAACAGCGUAUGCAAUUCCCGCAACAACAACAACAGCAGCAACAGCCCGGAUCUGGAGCUGGCAAAAUGCUGGUCGGUCCACCAGGACCUAGUCCCGGUGGCAUGGUAGUCAACCCAGCGCUCUCGCCCUACCAAACGACCAAUGUGCUCACCAGUCCGGUGCCGGGACAGCAGCAACAGCAGCAGUUCAUCAAUGCUAACGGCGGCACUGGCGCCAAUUCUCAGCUCAGUGAGAUCAUGAAGCAGCGUCACAUUCACCAGCAGCAGCAGCAGCAACAACAGCAGGUGCAGCAACAGCAGCAGCAGCAGGGAAUGUUGCUGCCGCAGUCGCCGUUCAGCAAUGCCACGACCCUCCAACAGCAGCAACAGGCGACAAGCAACAGCUUUAGCUCCCCAAUGCAGCAGCAAGGUCAGCAGCAGCAACAGCAACAACAAAAACCCGGCAGUGUGCUGAACAACAUGCCGCCCACGCCCACGAGUCUAGAGGCUCUGAAUGCGGGGGCAGGAGCGCCGGGAACGGGAGGAUCCGCCUCCAAUGUGACGGUUUCAGCUCCAAGUCCAUCGCCUGGCUUCCUGUCCAACGGUCCGUCGAUCGGCACGCCCUCCAACAACAAUAAUAGUAGUAGUGCUAACAACAACCCGCCCUCGGUGAGCAGUCUGAUGCAACAGCCGCUGAGCAAUCGGCCGGGUACGCCUCCUUAUAUACCCGCCUCACCAGUACCGGCGACAAGUGCCUCCGGAUUGGCGGCAAGCAGUACGCCCGCAUCAGCAGCAGCCACCUGUGCGAGCAGUGGAAGUGGUAGUAACAGCAGCAGUGGAGCCACUGCAGCUGGUGCCAGUUCCACGUCAUCAUCUUCCUCUGCGGGCUCAGGUACACCACUCAGCUCUGUGUCCACUCCCACUUCAGCCACGAUGGCCACUAGCAGUGGCGGUGGCGGAGGAGGAGGAGGAUCAUCAACGACGCCCGCUAGCAAUCCACUGCACCUUAUGUCUGGAGGAACAACUGGAGGCGGCGCGGGGGCGACAACCACCACUUCGACGUCUUCGAGCAGUCGCAUGAUGAGCAGCUCCAGCAGUCUUUCCUCCCAGAUGGCUGCCCUGGAAGCUGCGGCGCGUGACAACGACGAUGAGACACCCUCGCCGUCCGGUGAGAACACAAACGGCAGUGGCGGUAGCGGAAAUGCUGGCGGAAUGGCAUCCAAGGGCAAGCUGGAUUCCAUUAAGCAGGAUGAUGAUAUCAAGAAGGAGUUCAUGGACGACAGCUGUGGCGGCAACAACGACAGCUCCCAGAUGGAUUGCUCGACGGGCGGCGGCAAGGGCAAGAAUGUGAACAACGACGGCACCAGUAUGAUCAAAAUGGAGAUCAAAACGGAAGAUGGUCUCGAUGGCGAUGUCAAGAUCAAGACAGAGGUCAUGGAUGUGGAUGAGGCUGGAGGAUCAACAGCCGGAGAUCAUCAUGGUGAAGGCGGCGGCGGUGUUGGCGGCGGCAAGGACAACAUCAAUGGAGCCCACGAUGGCGGAGCGGCUGGCGGCGCAGUGGACAUAAAGCCCAAGACAGAUACGAAACCACUCGUACCGGAACCACUGGCUCCCAAUGCGGGUGACAAAAAGAAGAAAUGCCAAUUCAAUCCCGAAGAACUGCGCACCGCUUUACUGCCGACGCUGGAGAAGCUUUACAGGCAGGAGCCCGAAUCCGUGCCCUUUCGCUAUCCGGUUGAUCCCCAAGCACUGGGCAUUCCCGACUACUUUGAGAUCGUGAAGAAGCCCAUGGAUCUGGGUACCAUUCGCACCAACAUCCAGAAUGGCAAGUACAGUGACCCCUGGGAGUAUGUGGAUGACGUAUGGCUGAUGUUCGACAAUGCCUGGCUGUAUAAUCGCAAGACAUCGCGGGUCUAUCGCUAUUGCACAAAGCUUUCCGAAGUUUUUGAGGCGGAGAUUGAUCCUGUGAUGCAGGCGCUAGGCUACUGCUGCGGCAGGAAGUACACAUUCAACCCACAAGUGCUCUGCUGCUAUGGCAAGCAGCUUUGUACGAUUCCACGGGAUGCGAAGUACUAUAGCUACCAGAACAGUCUAAAGGAAUACGGUGUCGCCUCAAAUAGAUACACCUACUGCCAAAAGUGCUUUAACGACAUCCAGGGCGAUACGGUCACACUGGGCGACGAUCCACUGCAAUCGCAAACCCAAAUCAAAAAGGACCAGUUCAAGGAGAUGAAGAACGAUCACCUGGAGCUGGAGCCGUUUGUUGAUUGCCAGGAGUGCGGACGCAAGCAGCACCAGAUCUGUGUGCUCUGGCUGGACUCGAUUUGGCCCGGUGGCUUCGUAUGCGAUAAUUGCCUUAAGAAGAAGAACUCGAAGCGAAAGGAGAACAAGUUCAAUGCGAAACGCCUGCCCACCACCAAGCUGGGCGUCUACAUCGAGACGCGAGUGAAUAACUUCCUCAAGAAGAAGGAGGCGGGCGCCGGCGAGGUGCACAUCCGUGUGGUCAGCUCGUCGGAUAAGUGCGUCGAGGUGAAGCCCGGAAUGCGGCGACGUUUCGUCGAGCAGGGCGAGAUGAUGAACGAGUUUCCAUAUCGCGCCAAAGCUCUGUUCGCCUUCGAGGAGGUGGACGGCAUUGAUGUCUGCUUCUUUGGCAUGCACGUCCAGGAGUACGGAUCCGAGUGCCCGGCGCCGAAUACGCGGCGUGUAUAUAUCGCCUAUUUGGAUUCCGUUCAUUUCUUCCGGCCAAGACAAUACCGUACAGCGGUAUAUCACGAAAUCCUGCUAGGCUACAUGGACUAUGUGAAGCAGCUGGGCUAUACAAUGGCCCAUAUCUGGGCCUGUCCGCCCUCCGAGGGUGAUGACUACAUCUUCCACUGCCAUCCCACGGACCAAAAGAUCCCCAAGCCCAAGCGCCUGCAGGAAUGGUACAAAAAGAUGCUCGACAAGGGCAUGAUCGAGCGCAUUAUACAGGAUUACAAGGACAUACUCAAGCAGGCGAUGGAGGACAAGCUGGGCUCUGCCGCAGAGCUACCCUACUUCGAGGGCGACUUCUGGCCGAAUGUGCUGGAGGAGAGCAUCAAGGAGCUGGACCAAGAGGAGGAGGAGAAGCGCAAGCAGGCUGAGGCUGCCGAAGCAGCAGCUGCAGCAAAUCUCUUCUCCAUUGAGGAAAAUGAGGUCAGCGGUGAUGGCAAGAAGAAGGGCCAGAAGAAGGCCAAAAAGUCAAACAAAUCGAAGGCGGCGCAGCGCAAGAACAGCAAAAAGUCCAAUGAGCAUCAAUCGGGCAACGAUCUCUCCGCUAAGAUUUAUGCCACCAUGGAGAAGCACAAGGAGGUCUUCUUCGUUAUCCGUCUGCAUUCGGCGCAGUCGGCAGCGAGUCUAGCGCCCAUCCAAGAUCCCGAUCCGUUGCUCACAUGCGAUCUCAUGGACGGACGCGAUGCCUUCCUGACUCUAGCCCGCGACAAGCACUUUGAGUUCUCGUCGCUGCGGCGUGCCCAGUUCUCCACUCUGUCCAUGUUGUACGAGCUGCAUAACCAGGGCCAGGAUAAGUUCGUAUACACCUGCAACAACUGCAAGACGGCGGUGGAGACGCGCUACCACUGCACCGUCUGUGAUGACUUUGAUCUGUGCAUCGUUUGCAAGGAGAAGGUCGGACAUCCGCACAAAAUGGAGAAGCUCGGCUUCGAUAUCGACGACGGCUCAGCGCCGACGGAUCACAAACAGGCCAAUCCCCAGGAGGCCCGCAAGCAGUCCAUCCAGCGUUGCAUCCAAUCGUUGGUGCACGCCUGCCAGUGUCGCGAUGCCAACUGCCGUUUGCCUUCGUGCCAGAAGAUGAAACGCGUCGUUCAACACACAAAGAACUGCAAACGCAAGACGAACGGUGGAUGCCCAAUCUGCAAACAGCUCAUCGCCCUCUGUUGCUAUCACGCCAAGCACUGUCAGGAGCAGAAGUGUCCCGUGCCCUUCUGUCCCAACAUCAAGCACAAACUCAAACAGCAGCAGCUCCAGCAGAAACUCCAACAGCAACAGUUACUGCGUCGUCGUGUGGCCCUCAUGUCUCGAACAGCAGCUCCGGCAGCUUUGCCUGGUCCCGCUGCAGUCAGCGGUCCGGCCGUGGUCUCUGGCGGAGUACCCGUCGUGGGAAUGUCCAGUGUGGCAGUUAGCCAGCAAGUGAUACCAGGUCAGGCUGGAAUUUUACCGCCAGGAGCGGGUGGCAUGUCGCCAUCAACCGUGGCAGUUCCAUCGCCCGUUUCGGGAGGAGCCGGUGCCGUUGGCAUGGGCGGAAUGACCUCACCGCAUCCACAUCAACCAGGAAUUGGCAUGAAACCAGGUGGCGGUCACUCACCGUCGCCAAAUGUCUUGCAAGUGGUGAAGCAGGUCCAGGAAGAGGCAGCGCGUCAACAGGUUUCGCAUGGCGGUGGCUUCGGCAAGGGUGGGCCAAUGGCGCCGCCCGGAAUGAAUCGUCCGAUGGGAGGUGCUGGACCCAACCCUAAUGUUGUCAAUCAGCUCGGAGGCAUGGGCGUUGGUGUAGGAGGUGUCGGCGGCGUUGGUGUCGGAGGUGUUGGCGGAGUGGGCGUUAACCAGAUGGGUUCGGCCGGUGGUGGCAAUCCCCCUGGGGGCCCAGUUCCCGGCUCUGGAAACUGUGGAAUGAAUGUCAAUCAUCUGCUGUCCAUGGAUCAAUGGGGCGGUGGAGGAGCCGGCGGUGGCGGUGCUAAUCCUGGCGGUGGCAAUCCCCAGGCACGCUAUACCAACAAUACCAGUGGCAUGCGCCAGCCCACCCAGCUAAUGCAGGCGAAUCUGAUACCGCCGCAGCAGCAGCAACAGAUGAUGGGCGGUUUGGGAGGACCCAACCAAUUGGGCGGAGGCCAAAUGCCCGUCGGUGGACAGCACGGAGGCAUGGGUAUGGGCAUGGGAGCACCAAUGGCCGGAACUGUUGGCGGAGUCCGUCCACCUCCCGGUGGCGGUGGUGGAGGAGGAGGCGGAGGAAGUGCCACAGGCAGCGGCCUAAAUACCCAGCAGCUCGCCCAGAUUAUGCAAAAGAUCAAGAAUAAUCCCACCAACGAGAGUAACCAGCACAUCCUCACCAUUCUGAAGCAAAAUCCGCAGAUCAUGGCGGCGAUCAUCAAGCAGCGUCAGCAAACCCAGAUCAAUGCGGCGGCCGGUGGAGGAGCCCCUGGCCCCGGCGGUGGAGCUUUGCAGCAGCAACAGGCGGGCAACGGACCGCAGAAUCCCCAGCAACAGCAGCAGCAGCAACAACAGCAGCAGCAACAGGUGAUGCAGCAACAGCAGAUGCAGCACAUGAUUAACCAACAGCAACAAGGCGGCGGUCCACAGCAGAUGAAUCCUAACCAGCAGCAGCAACAGGUCAAUCUUAUGCAGCAACAGCAGCAGGGCGGACCAGGAGGCCCAGGCUCUGGACUCCCCCAGCGCAUGCCCAACAUGCAGAACGCAGCCAUGAUGCUGCAAAGCCUUCCGCCCAACAUGUCACCAGGCGUCUCCACUCAGGGAGGAAUGGUGUCCAACCAGAACUGGAACAAGAUGCGUUACAUGCAGAUGAACCAGUACCCUCCACCAUAUCCGCAGCGUCAGCGUGGUCCGCACAUGGGCGGAGCGGGACCCGGUCCCGGCCAGCAACAAUUUCCCGGUGGGGGAGGUGGAGCUGGCAACUUUAAUGCAGGCGGUGCUGGAGGCGCAGGAGUGGGAGUGGGUGGAGUGCCCGGCGGAGCAGGUGCCGUGCCUGGAGGUGAUCAGUACUCGAUGGCCAAUGCAGCGGCCGCCUCCAAUAUGCUGCAACAGCAGCAGGGUCAGGUCGGCGUUGGAGUAGGUGUAGGCGUGGGCGUUGGCGUGAAGCCAGGACCCGGACAACAGCAACAGCAGAUGGGCGUGGGCAUGCCGCCGGGUAUGCAGCAGCAGCAACAACAGCAGCAGCAACAACCGCUGCAGCAGCAGCAGAUGAUGCAGGUGGCCAUGCCAAAUGCGAAUGCCCAGAAUCCGUCGGCGGUUGUUGGUGGACCCAACUCUCAGGUGAUGGGCCCACCGACGCCGCACUCGCUGUCUCAGCAGCUAAUGCAAUCGGCUCGCUCCUCGCCGCCCAUCCGCUCACCACAGCCAACGCCAUCACCACGUUCCGCCCCCUCGCCACGUGCUGCUCCCUCAGCCUCGCCACGGGCCCAACCCUCGCCGCACCAUGUAAUGAGCAGCCAUUCACCGGCGCCGCAAGGACCACCACAUGAUGGAAUGCACAAUCAUGGCAUGCAUCAUCAGUCACCUUUGCCAGGUGUACCUCAGGAUGUUGGUGUGGGCGUCGGAGUUGGAGUCGGCGUUAACGUCGGCAAUGUGGGCGUGGGCAAUGCCGGAGGAGCCCUGCCCGACGCCUCCGACCAGCUGACCAAAUUUGUAGAGAGACUCUAGUGCAGCAGCAGCAACGGCAGCAGCAGCGGCAGCAGCUACAACGGAUGGUAGCGCCGUGGCCCAGGGCUAGACUGAAAGAUUAUGUCCAGUAGCCACAGACCAGACGUCGACAAACACCACCACCACCAUCAUCAGCCAGCAGGGAUCACCAGUGUGUGUUAAACUUUAACGAUUGUGACUAAUUAUUUUUUUUUUUUUAAUCUUCAAAGUAAACCGCACCCCCAAUUGUAUAGCGUUAUUAUAAUUAAAUCAACAACUAUCACAUCUAAUUUUAAUGUAGUAUAAGACAUCCCCCACUACCACCACCACCACCACCACUACUACUACUACAACAACUACAACAACAACAACAACUAUCAAUCCCUUAUUGUUUAAGUCUAGGACAAAAUUUGAACAAAGCAUUAUGAUUAUGAUUAUGAUUCGAUUUCCAUAUUAAGUCCGCGAUUGAGCAAAUAUAUAUACCAUAUAUUUCAUUAUGCCCCAAAAUAACACAUAAAAACCAUGUAUUAAUGAAUGCAAUUCCUUUGUUUCCACUAAGCAGAAAUAGAAACAAGCAUACAAAAAUCAUAGAUGAA